AUGCGAACAUCGUGUGUAGACGACUCUUGGUUGGUGUCUUACGAUACGAUAGAGUAUAGCAAUGCAAAACCAGAGUCUUUUGCAACCUAUUCGUUGUUGUGCUGGGGCGAAUGGUGGUACUUUGAUAGAGGUGUGUGUUUGAAUGGAAUUACAGCGUACGAGCGCGGUACAGUGUGCGACAGUAUGUUUAUAUACUUGGAACUGCAUCCAAAAAUCAAACUAGUGAGACCACUGCAACAGCAGCAGCAGCAGCAGCAGCCACAGAAUUUGAAUUUGAGAUCAGUAGUAUUUAAUAAUGCAGCUUUUCAACCGGAUAGUGUAAACCCAUCUGGUUCACAACCAAGUGUGGAUACAAUAGCUCCAAAUAAUGUUGAAAACAAUAACAAUUCAAUGCGUAGAAUCUUGCUGGGUAAGAUAUUCUGUUCAGUGCCUGAUUUGUCAGCUCAUGUGAGAGAGAGGCAUUGGCCGCUGACUGGUAGUGAUUAUUGUUGUGACAUUUGUGGCAGGCCUUACCCCAACAAAUCAAAAAUGUUCCGUCACAGGAAACUCCACGCCUUACCUGAAUCCGAAGGUGGUCUACCGGCUGGUCACGAGUUGGAAGAGAUCCCGCCUCCCAACGAGUCCCGUCCCGUGUUGGAGGUGUUCGAACAACUCACCUGCAGUCUGUGUCCCGACCAAGAGUUUCAGUGCUUGGAGGAUUUGUCGAAACACCGCAAAACAGCUCACAACCUUGUGCCUUGCGACCUGUGCCCCAAGUUCUACGGCCGGUCGUCCCACCUGUGGAAGCACGUCAACAAGAUCCACAAGAACCAUCCGGACAUCACUUGCAGCGUGUGCUUCCGCACGUCCGCCUCACGCAACCACCUAGCAAACCACAUCGCCAAGCACCACCGGCACGAGGUGCUCUGUCAGAACUACGUCGACAUUUGCGAACUCUCCAACGAGGAGGCUGUGCACAACUGUGUCAAGUGCAACAAGGUCUUCAGGAAGCAUCUACUGCUGAAAAAACACAUGAGACACUGCACAGGACCACCUAACCAACCAGCAUCCGGACCCUCCCCUUGUGAGAGGUGCACGAAAGUGUUCGACUCCCCCAUUCAGCUCAGGAAACAUCUGAGGAACUCGCACUUACACUUCAGGUGUGAACUGUGUGAGGAUGUGGCUCACGACUCGAGGAUUGAGUUGAUGGAUCACAUAAAAGCAGCUCACGCCGGCGAUCCUAGUUUGACGUGCGAUUACAAAGGCUGUGGCAUGAUGCUGCGUUGUACGGCUGAUAUGGCCAAGCACAGGAGGGAACACAGACAGGGCAGACCCCCUCCUACCUGCAGUUUCUGCGGAGAACUGACCCCCAACAAAAUGAAGCUCAGAAAUCACCUCAAACAACACCCUCAACUAACCAAACAUCUGUGUUCCAUCUGUCUGGUUACUAUGAAAGACUUUGACGAGCUCAGGAAACACGUUCGUUCGAAACACAAAUCAAUGCUCGGAAAAACAAAUAUCUGUCCGAUUUGUGUACGCACCUACUCGAACAAGAGCAAAGUUUUGGUUCAUAUACGAUCGCACGGCGAAGGUUUCUUUCCCUGUGAGAUAUGCGUGAAAGUGUUCACGGAUCCCGAGAAGCACAAACGUCACACCGAUGCUCAUUUCGAUGAGAACUCUGAAGAAUUGGAGGCUGAGGAGGAGGAAGAAGAGGAAGAGGAGGAUGCCGCUAACCAGGAACAGGAGGAAGAGGAGGUUGACGGUGAAGAUGAGGAGGAGAAUGUGAAAGAAGAUGAGAAGGAGGAGAGUAGUGUGAAGAAAAAGAAGGUGAGUGAGGAGGAUGAGGAAGAGGAGGAGGAUGAGGUUGAGGAGGAGGAUGAUGAGGAGGAAGAGGAAGGGGAAGAAGAGGAUGAAGAGACAAAGACUGAAGACGUUGAAAGUGUGAUAACAAAGAGAACGUCAGAUGACGAGGAAGCUGAUGAGAAGGAAGAUGUGAGCAGCAGUCAGAUUGAGAUUGAGGAUGAUGAGGACACAAACGAGACUGCCCCAGCCAAACGUCAGCGGCGCACGCAUCCGUGCAUCGCUUGCACGAGAACUUUCACCAACUCCACCAGUUUCUUGCGUCACAUGAAGGCUGAACAUGUCGAACUGAUCUGCGCCUGCGGCAAGAUGAGCGAAAACAUCCAAUCACACAACAACCACCUGAAGAAAUGUAUCACAGGCAAAAAGAAGGAGAGCGAUAAGGUGGAAGAGAAGCGGCCACCCAACAAGAAAAGCUUGGAGAAAAAGUUUUUGAAUUCGGAUAGUAAAGGAAUGACGAAUACGCCUGUCACACCUACAGAGGUCAAUAAAGCGGUGGAUAAGCCGGUGACCCCUGUAGUGAACACCAGUGCCAAACGUGAAGUGAGGCGUGUCUAUAAAUCGGAUGAUGGGUUGUGUUCGUGUGAGCUGUGCAAGAAACAGUUUGAAGCCAAACGCCACCUCUGGCAACAUUUGAGAAGGUUCCAUCUCAAGGAAGCGUCAUCAUCUUGUGGUGUCUGUUUGAAAGUAUGUAAAGAUUACGAUGCGUUAGACACUCACCUCGCCCUAGAGCAUAAGACUAAUUUCGAGGGUGAAGGGAAAAACUUCACUUGUCGUGUGUGUGGCAGGUAUCACAAUUCCAGACUGAAGCUGGAGCAGCAUUCUGUCAUUCAUCCCGGGCACGAGAUGAGGACUCACGCGUCGCUACACUCCUGUUCCCUUUGUCCCAUCCAAUUCAAUUCGGCCAUUUCUCUGGCUGUUCACCAGUCCAACGAUCACAAGGGCAAAUCUGUUAGAGGUGGUGCAGUGAAGAUGGACGUAGAUGGGCCCGAGAAUGAUGAAGACAGUAGGAGUAGUACUUCGAGUAGCAGUAGCGCGAACAGUAGUUGUUCUACUAGUAGCGGAUCUAGUUCUAGUAGCAGCGGAAGUAGCAGUAGCAGUUCUUCAAGUAGCAGUUCGACGUCGAGUGGUAGUAACAGUUCCAGUAGCAGUAACAGUUCCGAGGAGAAGGGUUCCAAAUCGUCGAAAGAUUCGAAAGUGAGUAAGUUGUCUCCGUUAUUGAAGCAGGCGCAACGAAGGCCUGAAAAGAGUGCGUGGUCUAGUAUUCAUAAGGAGGCAGUCAGCCGAUCCAGUGAACGCAACCGUAACAACCCCAAACCGGACCUCAAUAAAUCCCUCAUCGAUAAUUGUGUUCAAAGUGAGGACGAUAAUGAUGUGAUCGUGUUGAGUGACGAGAAUAACGCGAACAGCGCUGGUGCUUUCAACAAUAGCGAAGCUACGUUUGUUGAGGACAAUGUGAAUCUUUCUGAGGAUAGCUCGGCGUCUUCGAAUGAGGAUGUGGUUGAGGAUGAUGAGGACGAAGCCGUCAGUUCUGUCGCUGGUCUUGAGAAAGAUAUGUCUGCAACCGCUGAAGUGUAAUUAUCAAUUCAAAACAUUUUUAUAAUUCUCCAAUCUCAGUUCCCACAUUGCUUACGGUAUGUUUUCGCUUUAAUUCAAUAGUUGUAUUUUCAUUGCAUGGCUGUGAGAACUUCUGAAUAAUGAGAGCCUGACUAGUUUUUCGUAAUAAUGUAGGAAUCGGAUUUAAUAAUCUGUGGUUCCGACUGAAGUAGGUAACCCAUUGACGGCUCAAAUUAUGUAUUCAGGCCAGUUGAGACCUUCCCGUAAAAGGCUCCCCACCAACAAAAACCCAUACGAAUCUAUUUUUGUCUAUGGCUUUUUCCCAUUACAAUCUUUAUCAGAAAGGUAGCCUACUCUUCCAUCUAUCCAAUUCUUAUUGAAUGAAAAACACUAAGAAAUUGUCAAAAACCACA